AUGGCGCAGCCAAUACUCAAGAAGGAUGUAGAAGCCCUCCAAGGCAGACUCGUGGCAUUAUCUAGAUUCAUAUCAAGACUGACUGACAAGUGUGAGCCGUUCUUCAGAUUGUUAAGGCGCUCUAAGAGUAAACUGAUCGAAUGGACACCAGACUGCCAAGAGGCCUUUCAGGGAUUAAAAGAUUACCUCGCCGCAGUACCAUUACUGUCAACCCCACAGCCGGGUGAACCCCUGUACCUUUACCUCGCAGUAUCCACAACCGCGGUCAGCAGUGCCUUAGUUCGCCGUGAUGGAACUAAAGAACUGCCAGUUUUUUACGCAGGACGAGCCAUGAACGGCCCAGAGACAAGAUACCCAACAUUGGAGCAAUUAGCCCUCGCGCUCAUCGUAGCAGCCAGACGACUGCGCCACUAUUUCCAAGCUCACAGCAUCCACGUACUCACAAAUCAGCCUCUCAAACAAGUACUACAGAAUCCAGAACACUCCGGGCGACUCAGCAAAUGGGCUAUCGAGCUGACAGAAUUCGACAUCGAAUACAGGCCACGACCCGCCGUAAAAGGACAGGCCGUAGCCGAUUUCAUAGCAGAAAUGAUCCCCCGAGAUACGGCGGAAGUGGAACCAGAUAAUGUCAUCAACCCCGUCACGGAGUACGAAGCACUGAUUGCAGGACUACAAUUGGCCCUAAGCACGGGUGCCACUAGCAUUAAUGUGUUCAGUGAUUCUCAGCUCGUAGUCAAUCAAAUCACCGGGUCCUUCACUGCUAAGGAUGAGCAACUAGCAGCCUACCUGGCGUAUGCCACAACAUUAUUAAAGCGGUUCGAAUUCUACCACAUCAAUCAAAUACCGAGGGCCAAUAACGCAAGAGCGGACUCCUUAGCAAGACUCGCCACGACGCAACCCCACCAAUGCCACAAGGAUACCAGGGUCGAAAUUCUCCACCAUCCCUCCAUUCACCAGACCUUGCAACAGAUAUGCCAGAUAGAGCGCGACCAAGCCUCGUGGAUGGAUGAGAUAGUAGCAUUCAAGUGCAACGGCAAGCUACCAGAGGACGAGACCAUGGCAAAACAACUAAGGAGACGGGCGGUAAGAUAUUACCUGCGGAACAACACACUCUAUCGCCAAGGUCUGCUGAAUGCUUUCAGCAGACCUCAAGUGCGUCACAACAAAAGAAGGCAAGCAGAUCUUGAACGAAAUCCACAGCGGUGA